CGUUUAAAAAAAACGCUUUAUAAACUGGAUUAUAAAUUCGUUUAUUUUGGAAUGUCUGGCACGGUGACGGGAGAAUGGUGUCCCUGAUGUUAUUGAUACAGUCGAAUGGAUUAUCCCAGAUCAUGUCAUACUUCUGAUAGCCACUGUUUUGUCCACAUGUCGUCAUUAUUUCCUUCCUUGCUGGUCAGGGAACUAACUUACACAGCAGUAAACACACACCCCCAUCCAGCUGGUGACGCUGUUCUGUGUUUCUGGGUUCGUCGCCACUAGAACCAAUGAGUUUUGUAAGAUUCCUUGACUUGAACACGGAAGUAGGAUUGGGAAUGAGUUUGUUUUGAUUUGGAACAUUAUUUUUUUGUGGAGUAAAAGAAAGACCACUGAAUUUAGGACGUGUCGGGGCUCUUUGAUACCAAAGACUCCAUAUUCACUCCUUGCUGUGUGAAAAGUGAAUGUGAUCAGGAGGACCCAUCUAAAUAACCAAAUACUGAAUCCACUGAAAAUGUCUAAACUACAGUCGUUGCGUGUGUUUUUAAAUGAGCGUUUAACGGCGGCUGUUGUAGAGAUAUUCGGGGCAGUUGAGAAAACGGUAGUGGAGUACCAGGAGGAGAAUGAUCGGCUACGGAGACUGCUGCGGAGGACACCGGUGAUACAACUAUGUAGAAUAGACUCCCUGCAGCUCUCUGUCUCUGAAGAGGAGGUUCCCCCUGAGCAGCAGCACUGUGAGCAGGAGUGGAGCCCCAAUCUGGGACAGAAGGACCCAGAGACCAAACAGAUUAAAGAGGAACAGGAGGGAGUCAGGACCAGUCAGGAGGAAGAGCAGCUUCAAGGGCUCUUUGAUACCAAAGACUCCAUAUUCACUCCUUCCUGUGUGAAAAGUGAAUGUGAUCUGGAGAACCCAUGUCAAGAAGCCAUACUCGCUGAACACCCAACUCUCAGUCCACUGAAAACGUCUAAACUACAGUUGUUGAGUGUCUUUUUAAAUGAAUGUUUAACGGCAUCGGCUGCUGUGGAGAUUUUCGGUGCGAUUGAGGAAACAGUAGCAGAGUACCAGGAGGAGAAUGAUCGGCUACGGAGACUGCUGCGGAGGACACCAGAGAUACAACUAUGUAGAAUAGACUCCCUGCAGCUCUCUGUCUCUGAAGAGGAGGUUCCCCCUGAGCAGCAGGACUGUGAGCAGGAGUGGAGCCCCAGUCUGGGACAGAAGGACCCAGAGACCAAACGGAUUAAAGAGGAACAGGAAUCAGGAACAGGAAUCAGGACCAGUCAGGAGGAAGAGCAGCUUCAAGGGCUCUUUGAUACCAAAGACUCCAUAUUCACUCCUUCCUGUGUGAAAAGUGAAUGUGAUCUGGAGAACCCAUGUCAAGAAGCCGUACUCGCUGAACACCCAACUCUCAGUCCACUGAAAACGUCUAAACUACAGUUGUUGAGUGUGUUGUUAAAUGAAUGUUUAACGGCAUCGGCUGCUGUGGAGAUUUUUCGUGCGGUUGAGGAAACAGUAGCAGAGUACCAGGAGGAGAAUGAUCGGCUACGGAGACUGCUGCGGAGGACACCAGAGAUACAACUAUGUAGAAUAGACUCCCUGCAGCUCUCUGUCUCUGAAGAGGAGGUUCCCCCUGAGCAGCAGCAAUGUGAGCAGGAGUGGAGCCCCAGUCUGGGACAGAAGGACCCAGAGACCAAACAGAUUAAAGAGGAACAGGAGGAAGUCAGGACCAGUCAGGAGGAAGAGCAGCUUCAAGGGCUCGUUGAUACCAAAGACUCCAUAUUCACUCCUUCCUGUGUGAAAAGUGAAUGUGAUCAGGAGGACCCACUUUGGUCCUUGACUCUUCCCCAAACCCAGACUGUGGAGAACAGAGAGAGUGACUCUAAACCAGUGGAUCUCACACAUUUUGUCACUGUGACCCACAUUAAGGGUCUCAACAUUCCCUGUGACCCUCCAGAUAAUCAAAACAUUGCCUGCAGCCACAGUACAGCCGUAAGCAAUGACCCAGUAGGACUUGACAGCAGCCCACCAUUGGAUCCCAGCCCAUUGGAGAAACACUGUUCCAAACUCAGCACCACAUCUAGAAAAACUAGCCACUGCCGUGACUGUGGUGAAAUGUUUGCUCUGAAAGCUGAUCUGCAGAGGCAUGUGACUCUCACCAAGAAGAGACUCAGUGAAUGCAGCUUCGGCAAUAAACACUACAACUCCACCUGUAAACUGAAGGCCCAUGUCAGGCUCUGUCAUGGUGGUAAACCCUGCACCUGCCCUGUUUGUGGAAAGACCUUCAAAUACAAAGGAGAUCUAUCCAGGCACAUGAGGAUUCACAAAGGAGAGAAACCCUUUAUCUGUGGUGACUGUGGGAAAAGAUUCAGUCAGAAGGGGAACCUAACUGAACAUGUACUGAUUCACACAGGAGAGAAACCUUUUAGCUGUGGUGACUGUGGCAAAAGCUUCAGUCAGAGGGGACACCUUACUGUUCAUAAACUGACUCACACAGGUGAGAAACCUUUUAGCUGUGGUGACUGUGGGAAAAGUUUUAGUCAGAAGGGGAACCUAAGCAUUCAUAAACUGACACACACAGGAGAGAAACCUUUUACCUGUGGAGACUGCGGGAAAAACUUUGGGCUCAAGCGACACCUAACCAUGCAUAAACUGACUCACACAGGAGAGAAACCGUUUAGCUGUGGAGACUGUGGAAAAAGCUUUAAUCGCAAGGAGGUCUUAACCAUGCAUAUACGGACUCACACAGGAGAGAAACCAUUUAUCUGUGGUGACUGUGGGAAAAGCUACAGGCAUAAAGGGUCCCUUAAGAUACAUAUAUUUUCUCACACAGGAGAAAAACUCUUUACCUGCGGUGACUGUGGGAAAAGCUUCAAUAAGAGGGGGAACCUAAACAUGCAUUUACGGACUCACACAGGAGAGAAACCAUUUAGCUGUGGAGACUGUGGGAAAAGCUUCAAUCAGAGAGGGAACUUAACCACGCAUAUACGGACUCACAGCAGAGAUAAUUCCUUUCGCUGUGGUGACUGUGGGGAAAACUUCGAUGAGAAGGGGCACCUAACUGAACAUAUACGGACUCACACAGGAGAGAAACCAUACAGAUGUGGUGACUGUGGGAAAAGCUUCAUUCAGAAGGCGGACCUAAGGAGGCAUAUCCUGACUCACACAGGAGAGAAACCACAUGGCUGCUCCGUCUGUGGUAAAGGAUUCACUCAUAAAUCUCAUCUGCUGAGGCAUGUGGAUAAAAUCCACAAAGGAAGAAAACAGGACAGAAACUGAAAGAGUAAAGAACAUUCGGACAAAGAGAUUAUCUGUCAGGUUAGUGAAUAAAAAGGCAGGAUGUGGACAAAUCUCUUAGGAAGCAACAGUGAUGUGGCCCUCAUCAAAUAUGCAGACGACAUGGCUCUGGUUGCUUGCCUGGAGGUCAAGUCCAUCUCCAGAUACUCCCAGUCCAUUGACUGCCUCUUGAUGUGGUUUGACAGUAGCUUUCUUGACCUCAACGUCACCAAGAAUAAAAAAACUGUGCCUUGGAGGAAAAAAAGCUGGGAAAUGGAAGCCCUUCUCUCGAGCUUGUCACUAUGGAACGAUGUGGAGCACACAUUUUAAAUACUUUGGGACAAUUUUAGACCACAAACUGACCUCAUCUACAAAAAGGCAAGGCCGUUUCUUUCCCUACUUAGUAGUAUGACAUUUUAAUGCAAGCAAACUCACGCAAACUCACACGGAUCGUGGUCCACAAAUACCAGAUUGAGUGUUCUUAAUUACAGUUCUGGUACCUCUCAGUGAUGUUUAAUUUUUUUGUUUAAUUUUGACAUGUAAAUGUUUAAUGUGUUUGUGUAUGUUUUAUGUCUGUUUUCAUACUUUUAUUAUAACUCAGAGUGCCAGCGACACAUUUGCAUUCAGUUUCAACUUAAUGGAAAAUAAAGUUUGUCUCGUCUGAUUA